GUUGGAGCGUUUCUUUUAUAGUUUUCGCCCUUUUUCUGCUUUACCGAAGAGAACCCUUCCAAGCGAUCGACGGAUCUGACGCUUCCUUUUCCUCGAUUUCUCCGAUCUACCGAUUUCGUCUGAAUUUCUAGGGUUUGAUUUGGGGAUCAGGGAUGGUUUGCUCGAAGAAAGAGGAUUUUGACGGCAGCGCGGAGGGAUCGGAUCAUGAGAAUCGGGCUCCGGAGGAUGUUGCUGAGAUCGAAGGAUCCGAUAUCGGAUCUUCUGAGCCUUCCGAUGCUAGUCCGGAGAGCAGGAUCAAUGCGAGUCAAGAGAUCGGUCUUGCUGAGAGGCUUAGGGAUGCUUUCAGAGGUGAAGGGGAUGUAGAUCUGCUGAUUCAUCAGGACGGUCGACAAAACGGCGUUUUACAGUGGCUACAGGCUCUGGACUUACAGGUCAUUGGUGCCUGCAGAGCUGAUGAGAGGUUGAAGCCGUUGCUUAAGCUCAAUGUUUCUGGUGGCGUUGAUGAAGACCGCCUGAUGGCUCAGCUAAGCCAGCAUUUUGAGGCACCGGAAGUUGGUAUGCUAGCAAGGUGCUUGUGCAUGCCCCUUGUAUCAAUUCGUGUUGGAAAGGUUAUCAAGCAAGGGACUCUUUUAUGCCCAACAGCUACAAGGGGGCAUCUGAACCUCACCCUCUUGCCUUCAUCUGAUUUGCGCAUCUCAUUCACCGGUGAUGAUGGCUGCACUGAAAGACUGGCUGUCUUGAGUACAAUUUCGGAGAGCUCAGCAGUGGUAAUUGAAGAAAUUUCUGCUGACAGUUCCAGUCGCUCAUUUCUAGUAAAGCUCCCUGAAGGGCAAGUCUCAUACUUCUGGUGCUCGGAGAAGUCCACACUUAUUGGGGCUGAGCUACUCACAAAGAUGAAGGAUUUACUUCGGGGGAAACCUUCUCUAGCUGAACUCACUGGGAUCUCAGAGUCACGUCUGAAUUGCUUUGCAGUUCACCUCCGUGCUUAUCUCCUUGGGUCGACAAGUGCCACACGAUUGGAUCCAACUGUUUUGCCCACCACCUCUCUCACAACUGCAUCUAACCUGCCUGAACUAGACUCAAAUACCCAAUCUCCCUCCACUUCCUCAAAGCCUUCCCGUGCCCGACUUGCCUCCAGUCAUCUGGCAAGGUCACAUUCAUCUCUCUAUCAAAACGGUCUUAGUCCAAGAUCAAACACUUUCAAGGAAGGCUUUCCAAGAAAUUCUUCCUCUAUUAUAAGAAGUGGGGCCCGAGAGAAGUUCAGGCGGCGUGGAGAUAGCCAUUGCAAUUCCUCAGCUGUUGACAAUCCACCCAUUGCCUCAAUCUCCAACACGAGUACAAUCCAAACACCUUUAAGCGAAACUGAAAAUAACAAGUGUCCUGAGCACAGCGGAUACUGCAAUCAUCUUCCAUUAAGCUUGCCAGAAACAUUGAACGGAUCUCCCCAUCCAUCAUCAUUCAGUCCCUUAUCAUACCACCAUCUUCCAUUAUCCCAAGUUUCCACCUUGAGAUCUUCUCUAUUAUCUCCUUACUACUGUUGGUGCCCUCCCUGCACAUCGUCUUUACAAUAUACCAUAACACCUAACUUGCCAUCGAAUACAACAGAAUCUGUGUCUCUGCCACCUCUGUCAUCUUUAUUAUCUGCAGGAAGGUCAUCAAGCUCUUGGAUCCCACCCACACCACCUAUUGAUCUGGCUGACAUGCCAUCAUUAGACUUUCCUAGCUUUCUGCCAGACCCACUGGUUCGGUUCCCCCUUCCUGUCUCUUCUUUCAUUACCAUGCCUAGCUCACAGCAAAUCCCGACAUUCACACCUCUAAUGUCCGACCCGAUCGUGCACAUUCCUGUCAUUGAUGUCUGCUCCUCUGGGCAGGGGUAUCUUGUUAGUGCUGGCCCAGCUAUUUCCACAACGAUCUCACCCCCACUUCCCAACCUUGUGAAUUCUCGGAUCCCAGAUGCUGAAUCGAUGGUGGAGAAAAGUGCUAGGGAGACAUUGCGGCUACUCAUUAGUUCAACACAGUCCAGCCCGCAAUUGAUUGAGAUGCUGCCUGCUGUCUUGACCAACACAGAUGAGAACAUCUUGUGCAUUCAUGAAAAGAAACAUAAUGCAAUGAUCUCUGGUAGCCGAGGCCUUUAUAGUGGGGCUCAAGACAUAGAUGUCGUUACAAACAGCGUCUCAGCUAUGGGGUUUGAUUUUCUCCCCACAAGAUCUGUCUGUAGGAGUGGUGCUAGCAUCAUCAACACAUUGAUUGAGCAUGGUAGCAGCAAUGAGUUGUCGGAUGGAGAAGGUGAUCCCUCAUCAUUGGAUGAGGAUCAAGGAGAGCUGUCGCACUGAAUAUUUUUGCCCAUUUUGAUAUUCGAAGCCAAAGCCUGGAAUGGCGAGCCCCCCAAAAAUGUAGAUAUGUGGCUGGAAUGGUGACUUUUCUCAGUGUAGUUAUUGUGUUUCAUAUAUGUUUGAAAAUCUGCCAAUUCUCA